AUGCUCUCUCUUGCGCAGAAGGAAGCGGCACGACUCGCAAACGGAGGAGAUGAUUCCCAGCAGCCUUCGGCCAAGAAACGGAAGGUCGACCACCCAGAGCAAGAUGAAGAGGCUCUAGUAGCGGAGUCAGGUUCGCAGCGCAUGCGCACGAGAUCACGCGGCGUAAGAGUGGACAUGCCAACCCAGGUCGAGGAACCGCAAAUUGUAGAGGAUAGCCAGGAUGACGACGAAGACUUUGUUCCAGAGGACGGACUAUACCCUUGUCCUCUCGAAUGCGGCAUGAGGAUGAAGGAGGCGGCGAUGUUCUCCCAUGUUGGUGUCUGUACUGGCCAAAAACUUCCGAGUCCCGCUAGACCGCAGAUAACCCUACGAUCUUUACCAUCCCAACAACGAGCUACGCAAAAUUUCGUUGACCCGCCCGACAGACUCCCCGCCAUAAAUUAUUCAUUAUUGAAAGAUGGACAAUUAAAGAAAAAGUUUCGAGAGCUUGGCAUCCCGGAAUGGGGGAACAGGUCGUUAUUACAGAGACGUCAUACCGAGUGGAUGAACCUAUGGAACGCUAAUUGCGACUCUCGGAAUCCCAAAUCAAAGAAGGAACUCCUCAAGGAGCUCACUAUCUGGGAGAAGACACAGGGAGGGGCACAAACAGCAAUCGCAUCGAAUGCGGAUGAGAUCACACGCAAGGAUUUUGACAGAGAGAGAUGGUCUUCUAGCCAUGAUGAUGAUUUCAAACGUCUGAUCGCGAAUGCGCGGAAGAAGAGUGAUGCUCAAAUAAGAUCCACAAUCCCUGGGGCUUCGCAGAAUUUCAAGCAGCAUGUACCAUCGCCGGCAGGACCCAUCGAACCUCCGCUAGAGAAAAGUGAUCCUGUUGUGGUUGACUCGGAUGGUCAUUGA